AUGCCUCCCAAGAAAGCUGCUGCUGCUGCCGCCCCGGCCAAGGACACCAAGGAAAAGAAGCCUGCCGCCGCCCCCGCUCAUGCCUCAUACAAAGACAUGAUCAAGGAAGCCAUUCUGAACCUCAAGGAGCGCAACGGAAGCAGCCGACAAGCCAUCAAGAAGUAUGUCAAGGCAAACAACAACAUCACAGUCACCUCCGAGACCCAGUUCGACUCCCUCUUCAACAAGGCCUUGAAGACCGGUGUCGAGAAGGGUGACUUCACACAGCCCAAGGGUCCCUCUGGUCCCGUGAAGCUGGCGAAGAAGGAAGCCAAGCCUGCUGAGAAGAAGACCGUCAAGAAGGAGAAGGCCCCCAAGGAGGCCAAAGAGGCCAAACCCAAGGCACCCAAGACCAAGACUGUCGCCAAGCCAAAGACUGCCGCCACCAAAGCGAAGAAAGCGACUGCCCCAAAGAAGGCCGCCACCGCCGCUAAGCCCAAAGCCAAUACUGCCACUAAGAGAGCACCCAAGACCAAGACCAAGACUGAAGCACCGGCCCCUGCCGUCACUGAUGUGCCGACUGUCUUGAAGAAGACCAAGUCAGGACGCGUGAGCAAGCAAAAGACCACCCCAGGCGCGAAGAAGGCCGCUCCCAAGAAGGCAACCACGACGAAGAAAGCCGCCGCACCCAAGGCGGCAGCGGCAUAA